ACCAAGUUGUAAAGAUGCACGGAACGCACUUUUUGAUCCUGCUUCUGUUGUGUGGAGUCCUGGGAUCUAACGGUGUGACGCCCGACAUUAAAAACGUGGCAAAGGCCGAAAGAAAUAUGCACAACAUGUUGCGUUGUUUAAAGAAGAACGAGCCAAUAGUUAAGUCCAGGAUUUUAACCUUGCCGCCUAACUGUAAUCAAUAUGUUAGCGCGGUCGUCGAGACUUGGAAACCGGAAGGAGUGUAAAAAGCCUCAUCAUAGAGAAUUUUAUAAUAAUAGUAAAGAUAAUGCCCAAUUAAAACCUAGACCAAAAAGUGCGAUUAAAUGUUUGAAAUAUGUGCUACAAAAUGUAUUUAAAAUAUAAACGUAGUUAGUAAGC